AUGUCUAAUCGAGAUGUCCCUGACCAAUUGUGCCAGGAGGCUCACCAGCACAUAACUACGGAAGAACCAUCCUUGGCGGCAGCCUAUUAUAUGGCCGCUUUUAGCUGCAAUGCACCAGUAGCAAUACAAAAAAUUAAAUCUCUACCCAGUCCACAGUGCCAGCAAAUUACACAUAUUUUGGAGACAUGGUGCUUAGGUGAAUGCGAAAUACCUAAAAUACACUGUGAUGGCAUGGCCAUUGUGUCACUAAAUGCUGGAAUUGCAGCUGUAUUUCUCUCUACUCUAAGUCCAAAUAAUAUAGCUGCCUCCAUCUUUAAAAUGAGCACAUUCCUUAAAAAUGGACGCUAUGAGGAGGUGGUGAAAAAAUGCAACUCCUUACUAAAUGUCCACUCACAAUACUCACUAGAACUUUUGCUGACCCGAUCGCUGGCACUGAUUUUAUCUCAGACGGAUCCACAAAGUGGUGUAAAAGAUUACAUCCAGGCAUUCAUCGAACAUAAAGAAGAAACAAGACAAUUUAUCUGUAAGAAACAAAUGGAAUACCUCCCCCAGUUAAUCAAUGCAUUUAAUAACUAUAUUUAUACUUUCGGAAGCGAUAGGGACAAGGAAUGUACAGGUACAAUGCUUCAAGACUGUUACAGUUUUUUGGCGGCCUUGGCUCCUGAUGAUCUACAAAUAUGCAAGACCCAAGCUGCCUACUUGUUUGAGAACUGCAAGUUCGAAGAAUGUAUAGCUGUGUACUCUAGAGCAAUUGAGGCGCUAUCCUUGGAAACAAGAAUAAAAGAAGAAAAGAUUUCUUGUCUACUUGUUGAUAGAGCAGCCGCGUAUUACUCUUUAGGUUCUCGCACAAAAGAAAUGGUGCAAGAUUUAUCGGAAGCAUUUAAGGUCAGUCCUUGUCAUGCUAGGAAACGGUUUACAGACAUCUUCUCCACUGCAGAUAUUGCAAGAGUUAUUGAACGUUCUAAGCUGUAUAUCGAGAUGGAAUUUGGAGAUUUUAGAGAAAAUGUGAGAGCUCGACCUGAGCUUAGGUCCGAUACCGGUACAGAACUUCUCUUACCCAUUGUACAAACACUUGAGUUUUUAAUUCAGUGUUGUAAAAACAGCAGACGUGAGAUGAAUGUCCGUCUGGCUGACUGCAAACUCCUUGCAGGAGACUUCAAGACUUGCAUGGAUAUCUGCAACCAAUUACUUAACUCAGAAAAAAAGACUUAUCAAAAUACUUUGUUUGCUUUACAAGGAUUUUGUCACUUUCAUAAUAAUGAACAUCAACAAGCUCUGAAAGACUUCCAAAAAAUUAUAGAAGAUGAAUCUCCACACCCAUCCAGUUGUGUAAAAGCCCUGUGUGGCAGAGGACUUGUCCGUAUGAUCAGUGGAAACUCAUACUUAACUGCCUUGGACUAUAUUACAGCGUGUAAACUUAAACUGGAUGAGACCCUUCUUACAAUUAAGACAUAUGUGCCAUGGAACCAAAGAGGUUUGCUCUUUAAAGUGCUCCAGGAAGAAGGAGAGAAGAUGCUGCACAAAAAGACACCUAAUUUAAAUGAAAGUGCGAUAUCAAAUAGGAAUAAACAGUCUGAUCAUGACUGUCCCUCAGCCAAAGAAAGGUAA